ACAGCUCUGGGCGUCUGGGACUCCUAAAUCAGCGUAUUCAAGAAAAUAAGUUACGCAAUGAGUGGAGGCAGGCGACGCAUGCGCGGCAAUCCCGCACAACAGUGUGGCAUGUCUACCGCGUGAACAUUUUAAUUCUGAACUACGAUCAGCCAGAGACCUUACAUUGCGUCGCGAUCGUAGUUCAGAAUUAUAAUGUUCACUCGAUAGACGCGCCACCCCACUGUGCGGGUCUACCGGCGCAUGCGUCUCCUAUCCCACUCCUUGCGUAACUUAUUUUCACGUAUACGCUGCUCUGCUGCCCCUGAUCCUGAUUGUAAACCAAUCCAACUGAAUCUAGCCAAUCCAAGUGAAUCUGAGCACACUGCUUUGAAUGAACAAGGGUGUUUAUGCGUUGUUACAUGUCACUGUGAUGAAGUAUAAACAUCGAUGGAAUCUUCAUAUAAUGUUGUGCUUAUCUCAAAUUAGAAGCAUAAAUGCAGUGUAUUGGUUUUAAUAAAAUUUCAUAGAUCUAGAAUAAAAUGAGUAGCAUCAAACUUGAUGUACAGUGGUCCCCUAUUCAUGCGAAUAAGUUCAUUACCUGGGGCACAGAAAUCUGCCUGUACGAAGUUACACAGGUCAAAGAUAAUAUUAGACAACUGUAUACAAAGAUUUCUGAUUCUACAGUUGCCCAUUUACUUGCUACAAAUACAAAUCAUCAUUAUGUUAAAUGUAUCGAUAUAUAUCCACAGCCGGAACCUGAUAUUUUGUUAGCUGUGGGACAAGCAAAUGGAAAAGUCGUAUUAACUACUUUUGGCCCAACGGUGUUUGAUUCACAGGGUCUUACCGGGAAGGAAUUGGUUCCAAAACAUGCGAGACAAUGCAACACUGUUGCAUGGAAUCCCAUAGAUACAAACUUAAUUGUAUGUGGUUUAGAUAAACAUAGUAAAGAACAUUCCAUUUUAUUAUGGGAUGUGAAUAAAGGAUUGCAAGGUUCCGAAAGAGUACAUCAUCAUGCUAUGGUACAAACAGAUUCUAUAAGACCUAUUGCCGAAGUUAGUAUUUCUGAAACUAUACAUUCCGUUGCUUGGUUCAAGCAUGAACAAAAAUGUAUGGUUGUAGGUGCAAAUAAUAAGCAAUUAAAAAUUAUUGACUUUAGAGAUUCUGCAAAGGUAGUAAAUACAGCAGCAACAAAAGCUGUUUAUAAUGUGUCCGUUAAUCCGCAUAACAAUUAUCAUUUAGUCUCGAGCGUGGAUAAUCAAAUAACUAUUUGGGAUACUAGAUGCUUUGAGAAACCUGUUUUAACUUUGUCACAAGGUAGGCAAGUCACUAAAGUUUUAUGGUGUCCAACUAGGCAUAAUCUUUUAGGAGUUCUACAGAAAGAUUCAGUGACAUUGCAUUUGUUUGACAUUCAACAUUGUGGAAUUGGUGGAGGAGAAGAUACCGAACCUGGAGCAUUGGAAAGAACUGUUGCACCUCCUUGGCAUAAUCCUAUAAGUUUUUCAUGGCACCCGACGCACGUGAACAGAUUGCUGGCUAUAUCACAACAAGGACUAACAGAUUAUACGGUUUGCGAAAGGAUUACGGUAAACUGGUCUACAAGAUCUCACCUCGCAUGGAAUCAUGCUUCUAAAUCUUUUAAAUACAUAUGCAGUAGUGAUAAUAUUUACAAAGCUCUGGAUGACAUUUCCAUUUUAACUAAAACACGUGCAGCUUCGGAAUAUGGGUUACUUCCAGAGCUGGCACAGAAUGGUGAACUAGCUGAAAAUGAUACUCUGAAGAACCUGUGGCAGUGGUUAUACUUGAGCCGUUAUUUAGUCGAAGACGGCACUAUACCUAGUCCUGAUAACAAACACCCAGGUGUCAGAACAGUUUUAAAAUUAGAUGGUCAACAAGGAACUAAUGGCAUCUUGAAAUCAGAAUUGAUGUAUUGCCCUUGGUCGGAUAUAGGAUCCAAUCACACAGCAAAAAUUUACAGGUCUCCAGAUAGAGAUAAAGGAUUACUCUUAUGUGGUUGGAGGUUCGACAAGGAUACGAAUACGCUUUAUGACAAUUUGUUUUUAGAAAGGUUGGAAAGAGAGGGAGAAUAUCCACGAGCAGCUGCGAUAGCUGUAUUUAAUUUAUGUUUGAGACAAGCCAUAGAAAUUUUAAAUCGAGGAGCCAGUAAAAUGUCGAUGUCGGCAAAUCUAAAUAUCGUUGCCAUGGCUUUAUCGGGGUUUUCUGAAGAUAGAAAUAGCAUGUGGAGAGAAUCAUGUUUAAAAUGUAGAUCCCAACUUUCGGAUCCUUAUUUAAGAGCUACUUUUGCUUUUCUAACGGCGGAUGAUUCCUAUGAAAAUGUGUUGAAUGAAAAUGGUAUGGCAGUUGAAGAUAGAGUAGCCUUCGCACUCAUGUUUUUAUCAGAUAACAAAUUAAACGAAUAUUUAAAACGAUUGACUCAAAAAUUAACAGAUGAGGGAAAUUUGUCUGGUUUUCUUUUAACAGGUGCAAGUUUAGAAGGUAUACAAUUGUUAAAUCGGUAUUUAGAAAUUACUGGCGACGUCCAAAGUUGCAGUCUUAUAGCGAUUAGAGCAUUUACACCUAAAUUACUUCAAGAAACACAAGUUCAAGUAUGGAUAAUUAGCUAUAGAAAUCUUUUAAACGCGUGGAAGAUGUGGACUCAAAGAGCACAUUUUGAUAUUGUGAUGCGAUCUUCAACUAAUGAAAAACCUCCGCAACAGAUAUAUGUUUCUUGUAACUUUUGUGGUAAAAGUAUAUCUGCGUUUAUGCAAGGUUUAAGUAGGGCAAGAGGACCUUUCGGUAGAUUAGGUAGUACACCCAAUAAGCUGAAGAUGUCUUCAUGCCCAAAUUGUCGAAAACCAUUACCAAGAUGCGCAAUAUGUUUAAUGCAUAUGGGUACUGUAAGCGGAUUACAAAUGACUACAUCCAAUGCAAAUAGAAAUGAAGAAUGCGAUUCCAAAUUAACAGAGUUCAAUAAUUGGUUCACAUGGUGCCAGUCGUGCAGACACGGUGGUCAUGCUGAUCACAUUACACAUUGGUUUCGCCAACAUUCAGAAUGCCCUGUAACAUCCUGUACUUGUAGAUGUUUCUCCUUGGAUGCAUCAUGUAAAAUAGGAGUGAGUAUCCUAUAAAGAUCUCAAGAACAUUAAAUGAUGAUAAUAAUUCUAUUUUAGUUUUAAGGUUGUUAUUUUGAGAGGUUUCAAUAGAUUGAACUUACAAUGUGAAAGAAACAAUGACUGGCAUUGUCUAUAUGACAAGGAUAUUUACUUUUAUUAUUAAAUAAAAUUGAUUAAUUAUACUGUAAAAUAGUUACCAUAUUCUUAUACAAACUUCA